AUGGAUCCUCGACCGCACCACCCCUCCUACACGACUCGGCCACCUUCACAACCGGUGUUGCACGGUCCUGCGACUCCCUCGAUGUCCUCCUUUCACCCUCCUCAUACCCAUCUGCGGCAAGAAGCUCCCCCACAGCAAACAGGCUUCCGGGACAACAGCUUCUUUCCAAGCAAAGACGAUAGAAAUGGGUUCGCGCAAUCACAAUUACUACAACAGCAUCAAGAAGAGCGGGACAAGAAUUUCAGGAUCGCCGUACAAGCAGAGAAGCUCUAUGGGCAGGGGGCCAAGAUCUCCCAGAUGCAGUGGGAUGAAGCAAGAUUCAUUCUCGAAAGAGACGAGACAGAACAAAGGCGGAGGCAAGAAGUAGCUGAGAGGAUGGCGUAUAACGGCAUAAAUGGUGGAAGACCAGAGUGGACGAGUGCGAGUCCGUCAAGAGCACCUCAAAAUCACUCUGCUACGCUGCAAAACCAUACAUCUGCCUUACCUCCUCCUCCACCCCUCUUCACAGGUCGAUCUAUCCAUGGCCCCGCCUCCCCGCCUUACACUGCCCAGCAGUUACACCAACCCCGCGAUCGCCCUCCUCUCUCCACCAUAGUCCCGCCUACGCGAGAUCUCCCGACACCUACAUCCUCGGUCAAGCCAAGCAGCAUGUCGAUAUCCUCCAUGCUGGGAUCAGAACCUACAAAGCCACGCGAACCGACCACUCACUCUCUCUUGAAUGGUGCAUCUCCCAUUCAUUCCUAUCCACCAACAGCCCUACAUAGCACAGCCACUUCACCUACAAAGCCCUCAUAUAGCAAUAUGACAAGACAACAAGUCUCUCCAGAGGGACCGAAUUACAUGUUGGGGGCGAAAAAUCGGUUCCGCGCAGAUUCUGGAGGCUACCCGCUGGGCGCAAGAUCUUCCAUCAGAUCGGACUCUCCGCUCCAGCGACAAUAUCAAUCAAGUGAGAUGACCCAGGUGUCUCCCAGAUCUGAUCAGGGCGCCGUACAAGAGUGGCCGGUUAGACAAGAAAGACGCUCGGAUCCAGAUCGGCUGUCGGGCCGGCCUACCAGCCAACCGAGCGGACAAUACGAUUCAAUAGAAGAGAUCAACAGGAGGCAUGCAGAUUUGAACGCGCGACCACCCUCUUUGCACAAGCAAGAACCUCAGAAGGACUAUCAUAGCCAUCGAUCAGAUCAGGGACAACGCUCCUCGUAUAACUUCUUGAAUCGGCAGUCCCAUCCAAACAAAUCAGAUGGACAAGAACAACCGCGAAGAGUGAAUCAUGAAACACCCAAUGAUCGCGCUCAACCUUCAAAGUAUCCCUUCUUAUCAGCAUCAAGUGGUCCGCAGCUCCAGGCCCGUGCCCCAUCGCCACAAAACAGUUUCCAUAAAGCAUCAGACCAAAGACAAGCCGACGUACAAAAAGGGCCAAUGGGACCUGAUGCAUUGCGUCGCAUUCGGGAUGAACGAUUGGGCAACGUGCCAAGCCUGACGCAAAGGACUUUGAGCGAACCAAGACCGAAUUUCAUGGAGACCUUGGAAGGGAAAGAGCGCAAAGACGAACAAAGAUUUCAUCCGACUGUUUUGGAGAUGGAAAGGUCCGAAAGUUUCGACGGUGUGAUGCCUUCAGCGAAAGACGGUGAACACUCUCACCGGAAAUCACUAGCGAUCCUGCUUGAAAACCACCGGCGCGCGGGCCGUGUGUCGCCGCUACCACAGCCUGUUCAUGGAGCUCAAAGCCGCACAAAUGGACCCUCACGUGACCCUGGUAUCAAGAACGAGUUCUCCAAGGUGUUCAUGGGCGUUGGAAGUGGCGCUGGACUUGGUGGAAGCGGGGCCUCCACACCAUUUCCGCCAAGCCCUAAACAAAACGAUGAUCAGCGUCUUCCUGGUGGGCAUCGCGUGGAUUUGGAGAUGUCGAGAUCGAGGAAUGGAUCAAGAAUGGGCAAACGGCGAAAGAUUAAUGAUGAAAGUAAAGACGCAGAUGCUACAAUGACAAAUGGAGGUGGUGAUAAGGCGAAAAGGACGCGACAUCACCACCAUCAUGCUGCACAUCAUCAUCACCAUCACCAUCAAGCCGGUACUCCAGUCCGUGUAAUGGGCGAUCCUAACGCAUCACACCAUCACCAUCACCACCAUCACGACGGCACAAUCCACUACCACCCCUCCCACUCCCACAGCAAGCCCUCCUCCACAGCUCCCCAACUCAGACAAGCUCCAUCUCUACCUCCCCGCCUCCCAAAAACCACAAUCGACAACACGAGCCUCUUAAAAGAUAUCUCCCACCUCCCACGCCGCCAUCUCGGCUCCGUCCUCUACGCCCCUUCAGUCGAAUCCCUCACCUCCUCCCCACCCAACCUCACAAACGAUUCAAAACUCCCCUUCGCAACCUCCGGCUUCUCCCUCCCCAAGACUCUGCACCUAGAAGUCCACGCAAACUGCACCCUCCACGUCCGCAUCCCGGCUCUCUACCUCACCCCUCGCGAGCGGCAGGCCGUAUGCGCUCGCGCCGCCCUGUGGGGCAGCGGGGUCUACACCGACGAUUCGGACCCUCUUGCCUCCGCCAUCCAUUCCGGCAAGAUCCUCGGCGCGUGGGAGCAGGACGUCGACGCCUCCCUCAUCUCGCCCGCCGAAACCGAGGAGGUACCACAGGAGCCGGAAAAGAGCAAAGCAGCAAUAUUGACGUUGUUGAUAGUGCCGCCUCUGGACAGAUACACAGGCACGAUCAGGUAUGGGGUGAAAAGCAGAGAUUGGGGCCGUGAUCAUCAGGGCGCGAGUUUUCUCGUAAAGGAGAUUCGGUGGGUUGAUGAUACUAGGGCUGUGGAUGAGGAGAGGGGCGUUAAGGCGAAGAGGGAACGGGUUGGGAGAGUGGUUAGGAUGGCGAGUGGACGGCUGCGAGGGAGGGAGAUCGCAUUGAAAGGAUGGGGGGUCGCGGGUGGGGGUGGGAAGGAAGUUGUCGUCGGAGGAUCUGUAUAA